AUGGAUCUGUAUGACUUCUCCUUCGCUGAUGACAUCUGUGACGACCCCUGCUUCAGCACCGGGGACAUGAACUUCUUUGACGACAUGGACGGCAAACUCUGUAAUGUCGGAGAGAUGAAGUCCGCGGGCCAUCUCAGUUAUCACCACCAUCACCAAGUCCCAGGGGCGGAGGAAGAAGACAAGCACGUGAGGGCCCACCGGACAGGAAACUGUCUCCUUUGGGCCUGCAAAGCCUGCAAGAAGAAGACAACGCAUGCAGACAAGAGGAAGGCGGCCACGAUGAGGGAGAGGCGACGACUCAGCAGGGUCAACGAUGCAUUUGAGACCCUGAAGCGAUACAGCGCCUUCAACCCUAACCAGAGACUCCCCAAGGUGGAGAUCCUAAGAAAUGCAAUCCACUACAUUGAGUCUCUGCAGGCUCUGCUGAGGUCAGACAGGGAUGACAGCUUCUACCUUCAACACUCGGGCGGAGACACGGACGCCUCCAGCCCGCACUCCAACUGCUCCGAUGGCACGGUGGAUUUCUUCUCUCCAUGCUCCAGGAGUGAAAAUGAUCAAGCUUCCUACUGUGGCCUGCAGACAGCAGACGAUUUAAGCAAGAACACGCCGUCACUCCUUUCUAGUUUGGACUGUUUAUCCAGCAUUGUGGAGCGCAUCAACACAGAGCAGGCAGAUAGAUUAGUUCCGCAGAACAGCCCUGCAAGUUGUAGACUUUUUGAAGAACCAAACAGCAUUUAUGAGCCUCUCUGA